AUGAGAUAUGUACCAUUCCAGAGUGUUGCUCCAGCUGAGACAUUCAAGGGCGGUUCAAUGGGCAAGGGUACCAACUGUGCCGAUCGACAUGAAGUGGACAUCUGUGUUAUAUUCUACGGAAUGAUGCCCACAUCUCGAGACAUGAAGAAAUACGUCGCUCUACUCUACAGUGCCCUGUCAUCAUCUCCCCAGUUUUCCAAUGUCCAGGAGAGUGAGCAUUCAAAGACGGUUGGGGACCCUGUAUCAGGCCAGAUCGAAAUACACUUCAGAAGUAUUGAGGUCACCUAUAAAGGUGUCAAGUUUGACAUAUUGCCAUCACCACCUCCUGUUGAUGGCAAAGCACUUCAAAGAUCAAUGUGGUACACUACACUGAACCGAAAGACUCAGCUGCCAUAUGCCCAUGCAACCGCCUCCCAUGACCAAGUCCAGUUCAUAGGAAAUACCUCCGCCAAGGGCAAGGACCUGAUCAGAAUGGUGAAGCUCUGGACAAGGUUACCUAUAUGGGGGUGGUCCAAGCGGGAGAAGAACCAGCCCAGUUCAUACCUCUUGGAGUUGAUAUCCAAGAAGGUGUUUGAGACAUUGGGCAGCACCAAACAGUUGAAUGACUUAUUCAAGACUGUAAUGCAACAACUUGCUGCUCCUUCCUUUGACAUUAAUUGGAGCGCUAGGUUCAAGUCAACUUGGAAGAAUGUGGCUGGUCCUAUCAAUGGUCGUCGUGUCCUGGAUCCAGUCAACGCUACCAACAACGUCUGUAGUGUUGUUAAGGAUUGGAGUUUGGUUGUAAGUAAAGCCUCUGGUUUACUCAAACAACAAAGUCAAAGUCAGGGCAUCCAGAAGAUACUAUGGUUCUGUUUCUUACCGACCGGAUCGUAA